AAGGAUGCCGGUUCGCUCUCUGGAUUUAAACCUCAGCGGUCGGCGAUUAACCGCAGGCUCGGCGCGUGGGCCGGCAGUGCGCCUGCGCAAGUUACGCGAAAGAUAACAAUCAGCGGUGCUCUGCUGGCGACUGGCAGGACGCGGUGCAGAGAGCGGACUUCCGCGACGCGGGUUUUUUUUUUUUUACUUGAAUGUAAAUGCCAAUCAAGAUACAUUGAAAUAAGGACCUGAAGGUGGCAAGACAGUAGAAAGCAGGAGUAAGAGUGGAAAUGAAAGCAGAAGGUCCUACAGUGUAGGGGGAGCAAUGGAAGAACUUCUACCUGAUGGACAAAUAUGGGCUAAUAUGGAUCCAGAAGAACGAAUGUUGGCAGCUGCUACAGCUUUUACCCACAUCUGUGCAGGGCAGGGUGAAGGAGAUGUCAGGAGAGAAGCCCAGUCUAUCCAAUAUGAUCCCUACAGUAAAGCUUCAGUAGCCCCAGGGAAGCGACCUGCUCUUCCUGUGCAACUACAGUACCCACAUGUAGAAAGUAAUGUCCCUUCAGAAACAGUCUCUGAGGCCUCCCAAAGACUCCGAAAGCCAGUGAUGAAGAGAAAGGUGCUGCGCAGAAAGCCAGAUGGGGAAGUAUUAGUAACAGAUGAGUCGAUUAUCAGUGAAUCAGAAUCUGGUACAGAAAAUGAUCAGGAUCUCUGGGACUUAAGACAAAGGCUGAUGAAUGUACAGUUCCAGGAAGACAAGGAAUCUUCAUUUGAUGUUUCACAAAAAUUUAACCUACCACAUGAAUACCAAGGAAUUUCUCAAGAUCAGCUCAUUUGCUCUCUACAAAGAGAAGGAAUGGGCUCUCCAGCUUACGAACAAGACCUGAUUGUUGCCAGCAGACCCAAGUCCUUUAUUCUCCCAAAGCUGGACCAGUUAAGCCGAAACCGGGGCAAGACAGACCGGGUAGCCCGGUAUUUUGAGUACAAACGGGACUGGGACUCAAUACGUUUACCUGGUGAAGAUCAUAGGAAGGAAUUACGCUGGGGUGUCCGAGAGCAGAUGCUUUGUCGAGCAGAACCCCAACCCAAACCUCAGCACAUAUAUGUCCCAAACAAUUAUCUAGUACCAACAGAGAAGAAAAGGUCUGCACUCCGUUGGGGUGUUCGUUGUGACCUUGCAAAUGGUGUCAUACCCAGGAAGCUUCCCUUCCCUCUUUCUCCUUCUUAAAUCUUUUUAAACUUCUUUCAUAGGAUUGUUUGAGAUAACCUAGCUGUUUAUAUCUUCCCUUUUAAAUAGAAACAACUGUCUUGAAAAGCUCUUCGAAACAUUUUAUGGUAAGGACUUCACCUAUCAUUAGUCUUUCCUAGCUAUAUAUCACAUUGGUAUCAGAUGAUACUUCCAAAUUGCCACUCAAAUCCAGCAAUUGCAAGAUAAAUCAUAUCAGAGAAAGAACAACAGACCUGGUCUUUCUAUUUUGUCAAAUUAGUAAGGGCCCUUUGUGUCCUGUAACCUUUUUUACCUAUCAAUAUGAGUUGCUGUGCUUUAAUGUGUGUUUUUUAAGUUGCUGGGCAUUACACUUACCAAUUAAAGGAUUUUGGAAAUUCA